CAGGAUAGCACAGGGUCAAUGAGGUUUGAAGAGAUACGAGAUAUGGGAUACAGCGAAUACCAGAGGAUUGAAGGUUUUUUAAAAUAAAAAAGCCAGUCCUUCUUUAUCACUGUGAUGCUGUGUGAGGUCAUCUCAGAAUGGCUGACUAUGUGAAGCUGGAUAAUGAGAAGUUCAUCCCAAAGUCUGACAUCUUGUCUCUCCUGAGGACCUACAACUGUUACCAUGAGGGGAAGAGCUUCCAACUCCGACACAAAGAGGAGGAGGGGGUGCUGGUCAUCGAAGGCCUGUUGAACAUACACUGGGGUCUGCGGCGGCCAAUCAGACUGCAGAUGCACGACGACAAUGCCAGAUUCCACUACAUGGGAGUUACCAGAAAUGACAAAUCCCAGGUUCUUUCACAGCAGACAGAAUCUAACAACAACAUCAACAACAGUACAGCUGACCCUUACUUGACCAGGAGUCUACAGGAGGAGGCACAGGAUGAGGAGGUGCCCCAGCUGCUCCGGACCAGGAGUGAUGCCUCCUUCAUGGGGGUGACUAGAAGGUCAAAGACGCACACACACUCAGACCUGCAACGCUUACGCACACACAGAUUCUCCAUCAAUGGGCACUUCUAUAACCACAAGACGUCGGUGUUUACUCCAGCAUUUGGUUCUGUCACAAACGUCAGAGUCAACAGCUCAAUGACAACACUGCAAGUCCUUAACCUGCUGCUAUGCAAGUUCAGAGUGGAGAAUAAAGCAGAUGAGUUUGUUUUAUACAUGGUCCAUGAGUCUGGUGAAAGAACCCCACUGAAGGACAGCGGGUAUCCUCUGGUGUACCGUGUUCUUUAUGGACCAUGUGAGAAGAUCGCCAAGAUCUUUAUUAUGGAGACAGAUCUUGGGGAGGAGGUCACACAUGAUGUGUGGACUUCCAUGAUGUGGUGGAGGUGUCCUGCCCUCCAAAUGUAGACCCAUAACAAUGUUCCAGUGACAUAAUGAGCGGUAUCUGGUUUAAUAAUAGAAGUCUUUCCUGUUAGGACCAUGUAAACAAUUGGGUUAGUCUAGUAAGUGUAUAACUGCAGAAACUGUUAUUGUAGCAGCCACAUUGUUGCCUGUGAACAUAUCAUUCUGCUCAGCACAAUGUCAUGUCCAGAGGUACAUACUGAUAGCAGUAUCACUUGUUGCUGUUCCAGUACAGUACAGCUAAGACAUCAUGAUGUGGUUACAUUUCAUUUACAUCAGGAAGCUGCUACAUUGCACAGACUGGCAAAUGGAUGUGUUACAACGGGUAACAGUUUGAGUUCUCUCUGCCCCUUUUCACCUAUCGCUUUGGACAGGUUUUUAGGAAAAUUGUUACAAUUGUUCAGCAUUUGAGGGCUGUCUGGCACCAAACAAUGUUUUCAGAAGGGAUUAACAUCUGGACUCCUUGCACUCAGUCCAGUUCAAACUGCCAGGGCAGUGUUCAGCAAAAUGUUUUAUCUCAUGGAAAUAUUUAUGAAAAGUGCAAUGGUAUGAAUGUAGUUGGAUGCCUGGUUUCUGUCGAAAAUAUUUACAUUGUAGUAAUUUAGCAGACUUUAAUCCAGGGCGACUGACAGUAAGUGCAUAUCUUUUAAGAGAGCUAGGUAAAAUAACCACCCAGCUUAGUAGCAGUUGCAUUCUUAUCAAGUAAUUAGCUAAUGACCUGUUCUCCAAUGUUAUUGACUUACAAAGGAUAUGUUAACAUUUCGUUCUGUUUCAUGUUUUAUUUUAAAACACUGAUACUCAAAAUUUAAUAUUGCUUAGUGACAUUGGUUUCAUGUUAGGGAAAAAACUGAAAUAUGUAGCUUGCAUAAGUAUUUAACCCCCACACAUUACCUGUUGGUGGAGGCAUCUUUCGCUGCAAUAAAAAUACCAAAAGAUUUAAGUCUUAAAUCUUAUGUAUUUGUAUCAUAUUAUCUGUAAAUUCUUCAGAAUGCUCUGUGGACAUUUUCCUUCAGAUUCACAGCCUGGCCAAUGAUCUUUCAACAGUGGGCUUUUUGUCCAGAAAAUGUGAUGCAACUAAAACAGUUCACAUGCAGAGGCCAAUGGUAAGGUAAUAGUGUCAGUGUUGUUCUGGCGAGUGCUACCAUAGCACAUGUUGAAUACUUACGUGAGCAAAAUAUUUCAGUUUAUUUGUCUUACAAGUAUUUCCCAACAUGUAAUCAAUGUAACCUUACAAUUGUUGAUUUCGGGUUUUAGUGUUUAAUAAAAAUCAAACAGAACAAAAUUUCAAUUUACCACUUGUAUUUCAGUAACAUUGUCAGGGAUUUUUAAACUUAGCUUCUAGCAGCAUGAGAACAAUACUGAAGCUACAGGACAUUUGCGUUUUUGGAUUAUAAAACCAAACUUGUUUAUUUGGCUCUGAAUACUUUUUUGGAAGCUUUUGUAAACUUUGAAUGUGCUGCUUGAAGUUUGUGAUUCUUACCACAACAGGAUGAUUAUAUUAAGACACACAACUCUCAUAAAAUAUAUACUGUAUUGUGUUUUCCUAUAGUUGUAUCGUCAUUUUGC